AUGUCAUACUAUUUCACCAUCCUUUCACCCACGGACACUCCCAUAUUCAACAUUGCCUUUGGCACAUCUAAAGGUGGCGGCGAUGGCAUUGCUCGAUUCCGUUUCCCAGACACAGCACAAUACAUGAACCAAUUCAUCAUUCAUUCAAGUCUGGACAUCGUGGAAGAAGCACAAUGGACGAACGGUGGAAUGUACCUCAAACACGUCGACACCUACCCUCCUGCAGCAGCAUAUAUCUCUGCCUUCCUCACUCCUAGUGGCGCGCGCUUUCUUCUCCUUCAUCAACCUCCGCAACUCCCGAACUCCAAUACUGGAAGCCUUGGGUCCUCCUCUCUCCUGGGUCCGGGUGGAUCUACCACCCGCGCCUCGUCGAGCUCUAUUGCUGCGAACCCGACCUCGCCGCAGACUGAGGAGGCGGUGCGCCAAUUUAUGAGUGAGAUUUAUGAGAGCUUUGUCAAGACGGCCAUGAGCCCAUUUUAUAAGCAGGGGAUGGAGAUUCGAAGCCCCGUCUUUCGGACGAAGGUCACCGCUGCGGGGAAGAAGUGGCUGUGA